AAUAUAAACAUAAACUAUAGGCUAAAGUGUGAAAUGCAUAGUAUAAAAACAAUCUAUAUAAACCUAAAGUCUGUAGUACAAAAAAAAAGCUAAAAUAAUUUUAUAAGGCAAAUUGCGAGGCUGUUUACCUGUACCAGACUGUGCAUAAUGAAAAUCCUCAAAAUAUGAGCUGCAGACACAAUCAUGGGAUGGAGCGUAAUAACGGGGGUAAAUUAUGACAGCAUUAUGAAAGCACUGAAGAACACACUGUUGACUGAGAAAGACAGAUGACUCAGCAGUCACCCCCUCGUAAUAAAGGCCCUUGCUGCUGUUGGACUAUACUUUGUGGAUAUAAUGUCUAUAUAGUAGUACAUUCAUUAUAUUCCAAACAAGAAUCAAGUCAGACAAAACACGUCAGGCAUUCAAAACACUGCUGACUCAGUCCUCAUUUAAAUAUUCAAUAACAAACCAAAAGAUGUCAUAUGAACCACCACAUUUGAUUUCUUAAGACAACAUUUCGGAAAGCUUCGUGUGCAGGAUGACAUAGUACGUAUAGCAAGUCCUAACAGUAUGGACACACCUUCAGCAUGAUGGUAUAUAAUGCAGAAGACAUGCUUCAGUUUCAUCCGCACGGCACUCCAAACGCUCAGACACGCACUUCCUGCAGAGUCUGUGCAGCAUCAUGUCGGGGACGUAUCAAGCACACUGGGUGGCGAUGUUAGGCAGAGCGGCAGUGUUUGCUCUUCUGAUGUGGGGACCUCUGCAGGUGGCAGCAGAUUCAGAAGAGGACGCUGCUUCAGAGUGGGGCAUGUGGAAAAAUCUCCAUCAAAUAUCCUACAAUGAUGAGACUGACGAACUUCAGAGACAAAUCAUCUGGGAGACCAACAUGCGAAUGAUUGAGAAAAACAACAACGAUUUCCGCUCCGGAUUGUCGACAUUUAGCAUGGCAAUGAACAAAUAUGGUGAUCUUACCAAGAUGGAGUAUAAACGCUUGCUGGGCGCCAGAAUUUAUGGCCCGAUAAACAGGGGAGCAAAGACUGUCUCCGCACAAACGCUCCGUGUCAAUGCUAACAGUCUGGGAUUGACCAAUGUGGACUAUCGAGCACAAGGAUAUGUGACUGAAGUCAAAGAUCAGGGAUACUGUGGGUCUUGCUGGGCCUUUAGCACUACAGGAGCCAUUGAAGGACAAAUGUUCAAGAAGACAGGAUGGUUGGUGUCCCUCAGCGAGCAGCAGCUGGUGGACUGUUCCAGGUCUUAUGGCACAUAUGGCUGCAGUGGUGCCUGGAUGGCGAAUGCCUAUGAUUAUGUGAUCCAUAAAGGGUUGGAGAGCUCUGACACUUACCCCUAUACAUCAGUGGAUUCUCAGCCCUGUUUCUAUGACAGAAGUUUAGUUGCCGCCAGAAUCAGUGAUUACAGGUUCAUCCCAGCUGGAGAUGAACAGGCUCUGGCUGAUGCUGUGGCAACCAUCGGUCCUAUCACUGUCGCCAUAGAUGCAGAUCAUAUAAGUUUCCUCUUCUACAGUUCAGGAAUCUACAAGGAAUCUAAAUGCAACCCUAACAACCUCAACCAUGCUGUGCUUGUGGUUGGUUAUGGCUCAGAGAAUGGCAAAGAUUACUGGAUAAUCAAAAACAGUUGGGGAACAGGAUGGGGUGAAGGAGGCUUCAUGCGAAUGAUCCGCAAUGGUAAAAACACUUGCGGGAUCGCCAGCUAUGGUCUUUAUCCCAUUGUGUGAGAAGAACCAGACAUUUCCAAAUAAAGACUUAUGAAGUCUGAA